GUUUGAGAGUUAUCUUUCUACCGCAGGAGCCGCCUGUGGCAUUUGCGCGGAACAAAUCUAUCACAUUGAUUCUUACCACGGAGGAUCCUUUUCUUAGUAGAAUGUCGACGCGAUGAAAUGAAAAGUAAUAAGUAGCGUUAGAUGUAAUUCUUGAAGUAAACAGAAAAGACCACAGCGCCACCCUUUGCCUGUAGAACUACUAGAAGAGCAACCUAGAAGUUGCCAUGGCUCUGAAGCUAGUCGAGGGCGCGAGCCCGGCCUGUUUGGCCGACGUCAAGACGGCCAUGGAGAACGGGGGGAAGAUGACGGCGGAGCUGCGCAAGUGCCUCGGCGCCCACCAGCUGGACCCGGAGCGCGGUCGGGAGCACGGGACGAAGCUGGGCGACCACCAUAUGGGAGUGCCAGGAUCGAAAUCGUCAAAGUUGAAAUAGUUUGCCAUGCAUGAAAUGCAGCGCUGAAAUUGCCUCUAUUGCAGAGGACGCAAGGAAGGCAGAUUGUAGCGCUGGCAAGGGUCGAGCUUUGGGCUGCUGAUUAGCAUCACAGAGGGGGCGAGCCCCUUUGAUGCCCUAAACAGCAUGACAAACUGGCUUCCGGUUGUACGGACAAAAUUUGUCAUGAGCUGACUAGAAACUGUGGGUCCAACUGGUAUCGAUUUUAUGCAUCGCAAAUUAUUUCGAUUUUGUCGAUUUCGAUCCUGACACCCCCAUACACCACCUGUACCGCAUGGGGGACACCUCUUUACCAGUGGAGAUCGAGAUUAUGCGGCCCAGGUUAUGAUCCGGAGUAAAAACGUCCGAAACGUCUGAUCUUCCGCAACAAGACCGCAUUGUUGUCAAGAUCAUGGGUUAAUAAUUUUGCAGUAUACAAAUCUAUAAUCAACAGGUGGGGCAGCUGUUGCGCAUGAGAACAAACAUUCUAGGCAUGCAGAUUUGCAUGACAAUAAGUCUAGGGCUCUUUGGGACGUUUUUACACGGGAUACUAUUACGGCGGCCCGGCGGACCACAUCGAGGUGCAUGGCGACGCCACGGUCGGUGAGGUGAAGUACCCGCCUAAUCCGCAGCUCAAACAGAUGGACGACAACUACUUUCGCGGGUUCCCGGCCUACGACCAACUUUUAAACACGCAGCCGGCCAUGUGGAAGGGCUUUCUGAAUUCGCUGGGAAACAUGGCGUCGCCGGUAUCCUCAGUAAAAACGUACCCACACCAGAGUCAGGAUGGGGAUUUUGCAACACAAACCUAGUAGCUUUGUGAGUCACGCGUGACAAGUUGCAGUCCGUAGUGUAGUGCAGGUUCGCAAGGAAAGCCGCAUCACAAAUCGACCUUCUGAUCCUGUUUACAGCAUUACAAGUUCCCAUAACACGAUUGAAAAUGCGUGUCAUGGGGUUGCGCAUCACAACUGUUCCUGUCAUGGCAAAUCUGCAUGACAACUAUGGGGUGGGUACGUUUUUACUCAGGAUAGCCGGUCGCGGGCCUGCUCGGUGCCUACUACAUGGGGUGGAAUGAGCACGUAUCCUGAGUAAAAACGUACCCACACCAUAGUCAAGAUGGGGAAUCGGCUAGACAAAUCCACAAGUUUUGGAUGUUUUGCAUGACAAAUUUGGAUUCGUAGUGCAGUGCUGUUUGAGCUAGCUCAGCAGCAUCACAGAUCUAGCACACCAUGCUGAUUGGAGCAUGACAAAUUGCAAAACACGACUAGAAAAUGCUUCUCAUGGGGCUCCGCAUGAGAAACAUUUUCAGGAUGCAGAUUUGCAUUACAACUCUGGUGUGGGUACGUUUUUACUCAGGAUAGCACGGCUACAACUUCGACGGCGAGUAUGCAGAAACAAAACUGUCGAUUUGAGUGUGUAGUUGUCUCUGAUGCAGAAGCUGAUGAAUAUCAAAAUCCAAAUGCAGCACGGUUUUCCUUUUCACACUUGCCUUCAUGAUGAUGCUCAGUUACUACAUCCACCAUAAGUACUUCAUGAGCGAUUGACUAUUCAGGCGCUACUGGCGCCCGACAAGUAAGUUUUUUCCGUCAUCAUGGGAAACAAAUUGGCGCUCCUGCUGCAGCUCAUCCAACAAGAGAGUAUCUUUCUAUGCACUAGCACAGUUUUUGUCCUGGAUAGCAAGUAUGCGAAAAAGAUGAAUCCCACCACUGGGGACGUGGAGAUCGCGGAAUUCGGGCCGGAAGCGUCGCAGGCGGUGAAGCAAUUCAAGAAGCAAACGGAGGCCGACGGCGCCAUUCCCGAAGACUACGACGCGCAGUUAGUGGCGAGCGGGGUGUACUACCCCUGGAAGCAGGGCAUGGUGGCGGAGAGGGUACGAAAUGCAAGUAUGUCUUGGUCCAGAAUAGUACAACUACAUGCAGCAGGGUUCUUUGUCAUGCUUGGCUGGCAUUAUAUUCAGUUCUUAUUUAUCAAAAACCAGUCAGCUACAUGCGUGUCACGCUCACGAUGCAACGCCAGUUCUUUUUUGUCACGGUUCGAUUAUUCGUCAUGCGUUUCAUGUUCUCUAGACAUGUAUGCAAAGUGCAUAGUGGGCGGACUACAAUGACCGGUUCUACGAGAAGCGCGCCCAGAAACUGCAGAACCAGGCGUGGGGCGGGCAAAAGGCGGGAAACCCCCAAAUGAUGACGCGGGGGCGGUUUGAGUUUGGCAUUGGGCGGGACCUCCCUAUCCAUCGGUAUGUGCCGGAAGAAGAGAUUCUGGUGUGUAUCCUGUGUACUUAGAAACGUCCUCACUCCCGGCUUGUGGAGCGAAUCUACAACGAACCUCAAAUUAUAUCUCUGCACAUGCGUUGUAGCUCGAGCUCCAUAAAGAGCAUUUUGUCUUCGAGGAGUGUUGUCUGGAUCAGGCAGCUUAUUGCAUGCUAGAAUCAAGAUAAAGAUGAUCGAUUUUUUGUGAUGCACCUUUACAUACUAGGACUAGCUCCUACACACGAUUUCUAACUACACUGCGAGCUGGGACUCUUGAUGCGUAACAGCCAAGAUCAUUUUUUGAUUUGUGUACAAGCAAAAUUACUAAAGAAUUUGACACUGGGGAGGUGCGGACGUUUUUCCACAGAAUAGUAUGGAACAACCCCAACGUGCUCGGGACCUACCAGGGAAACGGGAACGAGAUGUGGGGCAGCAUUGCGGACAACGUUGCGCGGAUGACGAAAUUUUGGGACAUGUACGAAAUUCCGUUCAUGCUGCAGGGGCCGCGGAAAAAGCAGCACGUAGCCCCGAUACGGGUAUCCGUCCUCGCGGAAGGCCCGUUCGCGACCUGGGACGACCUGCCGUCCUUUGCGAUCAAACUUCUGCCGCCCCCAAGUGGGAAGCUGAACGCGCAGGCGCUGCGCGUGGUGUCGCCGGACGUAGCAACCAGAAUUGUGCCGGAGGGAAGUUUCUUGUGA